UGGGCUCACCUGGCAAACUAAUGAACACAGGUAUCCGAGACUGAUUUCAGUGAUACAAAGAGUCGUGAGACACUAUUCCAUCCAAGGGUUUAAUUGAAAAACAACUUAUUUAAUCUUUAUGACACUUAAACACAAUUUGCACAUUAAUUUGGAGCACUGUGUAGAACCUGGAGCGAGUAAUUGAGCUAUGAGCAUCUUUACUGGCAAAGUGAAAAAUAAUUUUUAAAAAAAGUGAUUAUGGUCCAAAAAUGGAAGUAUGUGGGACAAAAACCGUCAAACAUCUUUGUUGCCUGAUUUAUGACUCGGACACUUUCCUGAUGAGUUCACAGUCACAGUCAUUCCUACAAUCUCACAAUGACAAGCUGAAAGAUUUACUGAAGGCAACAUUAUGCUCACUCUGUAACAUAUGACACCCAUGUGCAGUGAUCCUCCUUCCACCCUGAGCUUGUCAAACACUGCACUGGUGAGCGUGCUCUGUGUGUCGUCAUGGUGGGACUUGAAUUUGUAAUAUUUCCAUCAACAGUCUUAAAUAGUUGCAUAUAGCUUCUGACUGAACGCCGAGGCCAUCGGGGAGCGACUUGUGUCGCUGGUUAUGAGUAAAAUGACCCUUCAGAUCCUUUACAUGCUAGUUACAUAUCACUCAUAGUUACUGUUCACUGCAGAAUGACGCCGUUCUGCUACCUUAUGAUUGUUGCCUAUGAGAGCAGACUAAGAAGAGUUAGACUGAUCAGUGAUUGCAGACUCUGUAAAAAGUACUGACCUUUAGUCAAGGUACCAGCUUGUGCCACUGGUAGGUGAACUUUAAGGCAGUGCUAAAGGGUGAGGUCUUUGCAUAGCUGCAUCAUUGGAAAACAUCUGCACUGGCUUCAAUCAAAUAUAAGCCCACUCUGGCUGCGAAGAUAUUAUGGUUAUCCCGAGGAGCUCCGCGGAUAUCUCACCACCUGUGAGGAGUGGUUAAAAAGACUUGAAAUGUCGCUUAUUUGUGCCUGUAUCAUCAAAGUACCAGUAACAGUGGGGUUAGUCAUAUAUACUGAAGGAGAGAGGGGCAAGGUGCUACAUGCCAGAGCCUGGGGAAAGAGGAGAAGAGACGAGUUAAUCUCACAUGAUCUCCUGGGGAAGUAAACCUCAGUAAAAACCGAUGCAGUUUAUGACGUAAAGGCUUUGAAAAAUGAUCCCUUUAAUGAAAGAAAGAGUGAGUUGUGCCAUGAAGUACCCAAACAUGUAAAACUGAACUUGUAGAGCUGUAUAAGGGCAGAACGGCGUCUGUUUUUUCUUGCUUCGGUCUUAUCCAGAGUGCGUGACGUGCUUUCAGGGAGCUCGGUCGGUUCACAUUCCAGCAAAAUCACGCUUUUCCUUAAGUGUGCCAAAGUGGACACCGCACAACAAAUGUUGUACGUGUUGACCAAUCACAGUUGAAAUGGCUAAUUCAGUAAAGUUGAAAAGUCUGCAUGUUUUAAAUCUAAAUGUUUUUGCAUGUGUAAUGUCAUUAGUGUGUUAUUUUUGCUGAAUGUGCCGUUUUUCUUCGGCCCUCUCUGGGGCCCCUCGCUGUGAAUGGAAAAGGAUUUUCUCCUUACUUUCUCAGGACUGGUAGUUUGGAGUUUUUAGGAGACUCUGAUGAAUAAAUAAAUAAACAAACAAGGCUUUUGUUUUAGACUAGAUAAACAGAUGACCCUAACAGAAUUUGACUUUGAAAUGAAAAGAUCAGGAUAAACAUGUCUGUCAAACUGCAGACGGACGAAAUCAGAAAUGGGAGAAGAUCCUGGUUCCAUCCAAAGACUGAAAAAAUUAGCAGACGGUGCCUCCAGCAGCUCAUUUACGUGUUUAUUCUCAUUUAUUAUCUGUCCAAACAUCCAAGUGUAAGAAUGAGUCCGUGCUUUGUGUUGUGGAUUAUUUACAGACGAGGAUCCGUGACUUUGUGGAGCCGCUCGUCUCUGCUUGGACUCACUGUGAGGACAAGACUCCAAAAACUCACUGUCGCUCGCCAAGAAAUAAUCAGUCACAUAACUCCAACUUGUCUUGUUUACACUUCGGUUUUCUCUGGAUUACACAGAAGAAGCAGCGUUUUUGUUUUUCCCCGCUCUCCCCAACUUUGGGACGGACCUGCCUCAAGUUUCUAAUAGCAGGUGGAAGCAGCAGCAUGACACGGACAUGCAGAUGUUAAAAUAUAACUUCAGUUAUAUCAUUGAAAGCCUGAUUGCAGUCAGAGCUGUCGGGGGAUUAACGGAGCACGGUCAAGUCAAAAUUGGGACAGUUGUGUGGUGUAGGUGCAGUUUUAGUUGGUGCGCAGCUGUUUGCUUCCAUUUGUUUAUGUAGCGGCAGUUUGCUCUAAUUUAAGCUGAUUUAUUUAGCAAAAUGGUAAAUGGCCUGUAUUUGUAUAGCGCUUUGACUUAGUCCCUAAGGACCCCAAAGCGCUUUGCACGUUCAGUCAUCCACCCAUUCACACACUGGUGACGGCAGCUACAUUGUAGCCACGCCCGCCCUGGGCCGCACUGACGGAGGCGAUGCAAAGAUGAUCCCAGCUGGCCCAUAUGGGAUGAGCUCCCUUGUAACAGGAAGAAACCUCCAGUAGGACCAGGGUUCGGGGAAGGGCAGCCGUUGGAUUAAAGAGGAGUGACGGUGUCCGUGACCGGCCCGCUGGGAGAGGACGAUGGCCCUGAGCGAUGGAAUUGGCGACCCUCUGGCCCUCAGCAACGGUGGGCAGCAUCCUCUCAGCGGACACGCACCUUCAAACAUCAGGACAGCAGUCAGCAAUGGCCAGGACCCUCUCACAUGCGACCCUGCUAGUGACUGUCUGACAGCAGGAGGAGAUGAAGACGCAGCAUCAAAGCUGCAGCAGCAGCCACACACUAUUCAGCGAGUGAACAGAGCGAGCCAGAACGGUGGCGUGCCCAAACAGAAUGGUUCCCUGAGGAGUCUUCCCCCAGCAUCGGCCGCCUCUUCUUCUCCUGCCGUCGCCGUCAGAAGCCACCUUCCCUCUGCUGUGCCCCCGUCCUCUUCCUCUGCUGCGCUCUGCUGCCAGCAUUGUCACUUCCCCUCUGCUGUGUGCUGCCCUUGUGGCCGGCAGGAGUGCCCGCUCUUCCAGAGUCCAGGUCCCGGCUCUGUUCCCCACCCAGGGACCGGUUCAUCCUGCCCGUGCUGCCUCUCUGCCUGCACGUACCCUCACCCUCAUUCUCUUCACCACCACCAUCAGCAGCGCUGGCAGGAACACCUUCAGAGCCAGACACAAGCACCAGGGAUCAGCCCUUCGAUGCCUUUUCGAUUUCCCAGAAGCUAUGCUGAGCUAAUAGCUGAUUGGCCAGUGGUGGUGCUGGGUGUGUGCACGGUGCUUAUUGUGAUCUGUGCCCUGGUGGGCAUACUUGUGCCUGACCUGCCGGAUUUCUCUGACCCACUGCUCGGCUUCGAGCCACGGGGAACAGCCAUUGGCCAGCGACUAGUCACAUGGAACAAUAUGGUGAAGAACACGGGCUAUAAAGCCACACUGGCCAAUUAUCCAUUCAAAUAUGCAGAUGAGCAGGCCAAAAUUCACCAAGAGCCCAGGCGGCCCAAAGACCACUUUGACAGAGACAAACGGCAAGCUGAGUGGGACUUCAGUAAAGAGUUCUUCUGUGAUGUGCCAGGUGACAGUUAUUCUAGAGUGGUGUUCUCGUCAGCUGAAGGGAAGAACCUGUGGAGUAUUCAGGCCAUCAAAUCCAUGUGCAAUCUGGACAACGCAAGAGUGCGUUCCCACCGGGACUACUGGAAUCUUUGUCAGCGCACCAAUGCUGACUCCUGCUGCCCCAGCUGGACGCUAGGUAACUACAUCGCUGUCCUCAACAACAGGUCAUCCUGCCAGAAGAUUACAGAACGAGACGUAUCGCACACACUCAAGAUCCUGCGCUCGUGUGCCAAAUACUAUCAUAACGGCACUCUGGGACCCGACUGCUGGGACAUGACCCUGCGGCGGAAAGACCAGCUAAAGUGUGCCAGUGUGCCCCGCAAGUGUACAAAAUACAACGCCAUCUACCAGAUCUUUCACUUUCUGGUAGACAAAGACUUCCUGAGUCCCAAGAGCCUGGAGUAUCCUCCGCCUGUGCUCAAGUACAGCAUGCUCUUUUCCCCCACGGAGAAAGGCGAGUCUAUGAUGAACAUUUACCUGGACAAUUUCGAGAACUGGAACGCCUCCGACGGCAUCACCACGGUCACAGGGAUCGAGUUUGGCAUUAAACACGACCUCUUUCAGGACUACCUCCUCACAGACACGGUGUAUCCUGCCAUAGCCAUAGUGAUAGUCCUGCUGGUCAUGUGUGUGUACACGCGGUCAGUUUUCAUCACACUCAUGACAAUAAUAGCCAUCAUCAGCUCGCUGAUUGUGUCAUACUUUCUCUACCGAAUGGUUUUCGACUUUGAGUUCUUCCCCUUCAUGAACCUCACAGCCCUCAUCAUCCUGGUAGGUAUCGGUGCAGAUGACGCCUUUGUGCUUUGUGACGUGUGGAACUACACUAAGUUCGAUAAGCCUCACGCUGAGCUGGCAGAGACGGUCGGCGUGACCCUUCAACACGCGGCCCUCUCUAUGUUUGUCACCAGCUUCACCACUGCUGCUGCUUUUUAUGCCAACUAUGUCAGCAACAUCACUGCCAUUCGCUGCUUUGGAGUCUACGCUGGCACUGCCAUAUUGGUCAACUAUAUUUUAAUGGUGACAUGGCUGCCCGCCGUGGUGGUGCUACAUGAACGCUACCUGCCGAACAUGUUCCUCUGCACUAAGCCUCAGCACCAGCAGACAGGUUGUUGCACGCAGAUGUUCUGGGCCGGUCUUUGCCAAAAGGCCAACAAAUGCCUCUUCACAUUUUCGGAGGUGUCGAGGAUAUUCUUUGAGAAGGUGCUGCCCUGUAUCGUCAUCAAGCUCCGCUACCUCUGGCUCUUCUGGUUUCUUGCCAUGACCGUGGGUGGGGCCUAUGUGGUUUGUGUAAACCCAAAGAUGAAGCUCCCCUCCUUGGAGCUGGCAGAGUUUCAGGUCUUCAGAUCUUCUCACCCAUUUGAGCGCUAUGAUGCAGAGUACAAAAAGCUUUUCAUGUUUGAGAGAGUCCAUCAUGGCGAGGACCUCCACAUGCCCAUUACCAUCAUCUGGGGGGUGACCCCUGUGGAUAAUGGUGAUCCCCUGAACCCCAAGAACAAAGGAAAGCUGAUGCUGGAUAGCAGUUUCAACAUUGCCAGUCCAGCAUCUCAGGUCUGGAUCCUCAACUUCUGCCAGAAAAUGAGAAACCAGAGCUUCGUCUUUCAGUCCGAAGAGCAGGACUUCACCAGCUGCUUCAUCGAGACGUUCAAACAGUGGAUGGAGAACCAGGACUGCGACGAGGCCUCUGUCUACCCUUGCUGCAGUCAGUCCAUCUUCCCAUACAAACAGGAUGUCUUUGAGUUGUGUAUCAAAAGAGCCAUCAUGGAGCUGGAUCGAAGUACUAACUACCACCUUGACAGCAAGACCCCUGGACCUCGAUUUGACAUCAACGACACCAUCAGAGCCAUUGUUUUAGAGUUCCAGAGCACCUUCCUCUUCACAUUGGCCUAUGAGAAGAUGUACCAGUUCUACCGUGAGGUGGAUGCCUGGAUCGAGGAGGAGCUUCGCUAUGCCCCAGCAGGCCUCAGCUAUGGCUGGUUUGUGAGCAACCUGGAGUUUUAUGACCUCCAGGACAGCCUGUCAGAUGGGACUCUGAUUGCUAUGGCGCUGUCAGUGGCUGUUGCUUUCAGCGUCAUGCUCCUGACCACCUGGAAUUUCAUCAUCAGCCUGUAUGCCAUCCUGUCCAUUGCAGGGACCAUAUUUGUCACAGUGGGCUCUCUGGUGCUUCUGGGCUGGGAGCUCAAUGUCUUGGAGUCUGUGACCAUUUCAGUGGCGGUCGGACUGUCCGUGGACUUUGCUGUCCACUACGGCGUGGCCUACCGACUUGCCCCAGAGCCGGACCGUGAGGGAAAGGUGAUAUUUUCCCUCAGUCGGAUGGGUUCUGCUAUUGCAAUGGCAGCACUAACCACCUUUGUUGCCGGCGCAAUGAUGAUGCCGUCAACUGUCCUGGCCUACACGCAGCUGGGCAUGUUCAUGAUGCUGAUCAUGUGCAUCAGCUGGGCCUUUGCCACCUUCUUUUUUCAGUGCAUGUGCCGCUGCCUGGGGCCCCAGGGCACCUGUGGCCAGAUACCGCUGCCCAAAAAACUGCAGUGUCAGUCCUUCACCGAAACCACAUCCAGCAGCCCCUCGCCCCAGGGGAAGAGUUCUGGUCUGGCGAAAUACCAGCUGGACUGCAAGGGCGGUGAGGUGGAACAUUAUGAGCUGGAGCCUUUAGCAUCCAGUCAAAAAACUGAGGAUAAACUGCACGAAGGGCAUGAUUCCAGCACUCAGCUUUAUAACAGAAUUCCUCCUCACCACCACGCUGCUCCUUUUUCAAACAUUCAUUACUCGAACACAGAAGCCGGUGAAAGAGGAUCUGAGAAUGGGCACAUAGCCACGCUGAGCACACCGUGCAGGUGCCAGUACUCGCAAAACACCAACUGCACAUGUGGGGAUCCUCAUCUGCUUCAGCAGUGGAACCCACAUUCCUGUGCGCCGGAUUCUCGCUCCUGCCCUCCAACCUCUCAGCUCUUCCCCCUCUCAGGAAGCCCCCUCAGCAAACAAAACGCGACCCUUUUACCAACAAACCUGGACCCAGUCUACACACAGUUGGAGUGCUGUAUGCACUACUUCCACUGUCCACUCACUCAUUUCCACCACUGCUCACAGGGGAGAUUGGUGACCCCCAGGCAAGGAGCUCCCCACACCUGUCACUUCAGGAAGCACUGUGUUCAUACUGCGGCCCUGCAGGCGGCCUCAGUAGGAGACCAGAGAUUCACAAGCCCAAAGCAGGAUGCUGGCCCGGAUCCAGGACCAGGACCUGGCUCUGAUUCUGAGACUGCUGGAGAAGUCGUAGUUCAUAGGCAUGAAAUGUCAUUACCUGACAGUAGCCAAAAUAUCAGCACCACAGCACAGCCUCAAAGCCCCUCCCCCUCUGCAGGCUCCUUACACAAAAGCUGCCAUGAAUGUGCAACGGACACCAGCCGUUAUCGUGGUGAUAACCACACACCCACCACAAGAACUGAAACAGCAAUGCACAUGGAUGUUUGUGAAGUCCCUGGCAACCAGGACAAACCUGACAGUAUUCCCGUCACACGGGAAGAGAUCGUUAAGACAUGCAAGCGGAACUCAAAAAGAGAGCGGGCGGCCUCUGCCUCUCCAAAGAAACUCAACUGUUUUAACAGGACGUUGAAAGUGAAAUGCAAUUCAGCGUCAGACGUGCCAAAAAGCGAAGCCAGCGUGCCUCCUAUUGCAAUAAGCACCACUAAUCCCUCUUCUGAAAGCUCAUGCUGA